AGCUUCGCAAGGCAACAGUACACUGCACAGCUAGCAAAUAUUUGCCUUCGAGCGGUGCAGCCAUGGAGAGAACCGUCGCCCACAUCCUGCUGGUGCUUUCGCUCGGGGCGGCCCUCGUCGUCGCCGGCCGCCCUACCGGUGCCUCCGGCGAGGUGGCAGCCAUUCGCCUCCCGAGCGACGGCCAAGGUCUUGGUGGUGAUGCAACAACACUCGAGGAGGAUGAGAGGCCGUGGGCAUGCUGCGACGACACCCACUGCCUGAUGGUGAUCCCGAGGGCCUGCCUCUGCCGCGACACGGUGGCGCAGUGCGCCAGCGCGUGCCAGCACUGCGACCAGGUCGGCCCUGGCCGCUACGUUUGCCUGGAUAUACACGAAGGUUGGCCCGGCCCAAAGUGCACGCACCAAGUGGACGUCGCCGGCGCCGGUAACUAGCUACCAUAGCUAGCUACGUUUCGGCGUGUUCCCCUCUCAGUAACUUGUUGCUCCGUGAUCCACACAGUAGUCCCAGUGCCUAUCUAUGUACUAGUUCCACUUCAACUCGCUUAGCAUGUGUAAUAAUAAUAAAAAGCAUGUGUAAUACUCCCUUCGUCCCAAAAUUCUUGUCCUAGAUUUGUCUAAAUACGGAUGUAUCAAGACACGUUUUAGUAUUAGAUACAUCCGUAUCUAGUCAAAUCUAAGACACAAAUUUUGAGACGGAGGGAGUAAUCAAAAUAGUGGGAAAAAAAGCAUGUGUAAUAAUAAAAAUAGUGUGCAUGCUGUGCCAAUCGAUCAAAAGUGCCAAGUGCAAGAUUACAGUUGUUUAACUU